AUGAAAUCCGAACGUGGACAGAAGAAGGUCGGCAGAAUGUUGAAGACAGUACGCGAAAUCGAAUACGAUGAUAUCGAGAAUGCUUCGUUGAUCGGCCAGGUUUACUGCGGUAGGUUUUUCUAUAUUAAACUUGUAUUUUGAGUUACAGUAGAAUUUUAAGAUUUUUUAAAAUUUAAAAAAAAAUUAAAUUAACGUUUUUAUUAUAUAUUAGCCUCAAGGUUUUAAAUUUGUAUGAAAUUAGCAUUACUAUGCAGUAGAAAGCAGUCAUUUUAGAAUGGUAUGUACGAGAAGGCCCAGAAUGUUCGUACACAUACGACAGUUCCGCUUACUUUUACCCCAUUGUAGUCAAAAUCGACCAGGUCACAGAGAAUGGCAUUCCCAGGCCCAACAAAACCGAAUUACGAUCUCUUACCAAACGGCUGGAAAGUAAGUUUUUGCAAUUUUUUCAAAAAUUUUUUUGAGGAGUUUGGUCAAAAAGUGAAUAGAAUUCGUAAAAAUGGUCAGAAAAUUAUAAGAAAAUUGAAAAAAUGGCGAAACAAAGGUUGUAAAAGUGCUUUUUGACUUAUCUAGUGUAAUAUAUGUAUUGCAAAUUUUAAAAAUAAUUUUUUGGUGGGACAGUUGAAAAUUUUUUUACUGUAAUAUUACUUUUCAUAAGCUUUUACUAAGUAAAAUUUGUCUAUACUUUGACCACAAUUCUAUCUGGCCCACUGCCAUUUUACAAAAACAUAGAACAAAUCAAAAUUGUUAUGGAUAAUAUCUCCAAAACAGUCAAAACACAUAAAAAGCGAAGCCUAUCACAACACUUUUAGCUACUUUCUUGUUGUUUUGGCUAGCUGUUCUCAGCUAGUUUAAUAAUUUUGUUGCCAAGAAUAUAAUUGACUUUAUCUGAUUCGAAUAAUAUUAUGUUAUAGUCAGCGGAUAUGAUCAGUCGGACCACUUUGUUAAGCCAAAAUGUUGCCAGACAUAAAACAUAAUUCAGUCUAGCCACGUGAGAAUAUUUUUGAAACAAAAAGACGUAACAUAUUACAAUAAGCGGAUUCUUUCGGCUUCCGGUUAGGUCAUGGGCUAUGAUAAGGUCACGAUAGUAAGAUUUUUGCUUUAAGAGUACGUUUAGAAAAUAUUAGUACCGUAGGAGUACUGUGGUGGCAAGUAUGGUAAAUAGUUGACAGAACUUGGGUUUCAGCAUAGCUUUCAGAUCGUUGCGAACUGAAUUUUUAGUCUAGUCUAGGCCAAAAGACAAAAAAUACUAUUCCAGACAAAAAGUCAUGACUUUUUUUAGUAAACAUAGUACAAAUACGGUACUAAGUUAUACAGGGUGAUUCCAGACUAUGUUUACAACAAAAAAUAUCAGUAUGCACUUUUAUUUAAGAGUGCAAGCUUAUUGUAAACAAUUUUUAUGUUACAAAAUGCACUUUUAAUUGACCCUGUAAUUUAUGCACAAAAGCUAAGAGAACAUAAAGCACGAUAGUUGUUUACGAUUCUCUACAAUAAUAACUUUUGAAGAACCAAAAUGGUAAUGAAGUUGAGGUCGAUAAUCCUGGUGGAGAUCGGAAAUCAAUUUUGAGCAAAAUAUUAUUCAUUUCGAACUUAAUAAUAUUCACAUUGGGCGUUAAUGUUGAUUCUAAGGAGUUUUUGACCAAAGCAUGAUAAAAAAUUUUUAAAAAAAUUUUGAGUUUAUCGUGUGUGAAUAACAUGUUACUUACGCUUAAUAACAAUUUUUGUUUCAGAAACGCUAAAGCAAUGGCGAAUGAAAGAAGAGCUCGGGCUAGACGAGAUGCCGGAUGCCAUAUACGUACGAGUCGUCGCUGAAAUCAGUAAGUUAAAUCAUAUUUUAUGACAAUUAAAAAAAAAUGUUGUUUAAGCAUUUUUUGUUCAAAUGAUCCUGUGCUCCCCUCAAAGCAUACUUUUUAACUUAGGGGCACAGAAUUAUUUGAAAAACCUAACAUAUAUUUUUGAAUUCAAAUGAGACUAGGACUAAUGAAAAUACUUUCAGUAAUCAAAGCCAACGACGAAAUAGAUACGAUCGCGCGGUUCUUUGACAAAACGUAUAGCCAAAACUGUAAGUUUACAUUCUUAAGCUAUUUUAAGGCAUCAUAUGCUUAGAAUACCGCUUUAUACCAACGGCUAUAUAUUCUGUAGCAUGUAGUAGUUAAAUACAGUUAUAUAGUGUCUUUUUAAGUAUAAUAAUAGAUAUUUUCACUUUCAGGCCUAUCAAACUAA